GGGCGGCAGCGCGGCGGCGGCGGCGCGGGGCGCAUUGCGCAGGCGCGGGGCGGCCCUUCCCGGCGGCCUCAGCGCCGGCUCAUGGCGGCGGCGGCGCCGGGACGGUUUUAAAUUGAAGAGAAAAUGUCACUUUACGAUGACUUGGGAGUUGAGACCAGCGACUCUAAAACAGAAGGCUGGUCCAAGAAUUUCAAACUGCUGCAGUCUCAGCUGCAGGUGAAGAAAGCAGCUCUCACACAAGCAAAGAGUCAGAGGACAAAACAAACCACAGUCCUUGCUCCAGUGAUUGACCUGAAACGAGGGAGCUCCUCUGAUGAGAGACAGAUCGUGGACACACCACCUCAUGUAGCAGCCGGGUUAAAGGAUCCUGUCCCUAGCGGUUUUUCUGCAGGAGAUGUGUUGAUUCCUCUGGCAGAUGAGUAUGACCCCAUGUUCCCAAAUGACUACGAAAAGGUGGUGAAACGCCAGAGAGAGGAACGGCAGAGGCAGCGAGAGCUGGAGAGGCAAAAGGAGAUUGAAGAAAGAGAAAAAAGACGUAAAGACAGACAUGAAGCCAGUGGGUUUUCCAGAAGACCAGAUCCAGAUUCUGAUGAAGAUGAAGAUUAUGAAAGGGAGAGGCGGAAAAGGAGUAUGGGAGGAGCUGCCAUUGCACCACCCACUUCUCUGGUUGAGAAGGACAAAGAACCUGUAGCAUCAUUCCCGUAUGAAGAGGAGUCCAGACCUCGGGCACCAUCUUCCAAAGCAGCAAUUCCUCCUCCAGUGUAUGAUGAGCCAGAGAGGCCUCGUUCCCCCACGGGACCCAGCAACUCCUUCCUUGCUAACAUGGGGGGGACAGUAGCUCACAAAAUCAUGCAGAAGUAUGGUUUCAGAGAGGGCCAGGGCCUGGGAAAGCAUGAACAGGGGCUCAGCACAGCACUGUCAGUAGAGAAAACGAGCAAGAGGGGUGGCAAGAUCAUUGUUGGCGAGUCUACAGAGAAAGAAACAGGCAAGAAAGCGGAUUCCAACCCACUGACUGAGAUACUGAAAUGCCCAACUAAAGUGGUCUUACUAAGGAACAUGGUGGGUGCUGGGGAGGUGGAUGAAGAUCUUGAAGUUGAAACGAAGGAGGAAUGUGAGAAGUAUGGCAAGGUUGGGAAAUGUGUCAUCUUUGAGAUCCCUGGUGCCCCUGAUGACGAAGCUGUAAGAAUAUUUCUAGAGUUUGAACGGGUUGAAUCUGCCAUCAAAGCUGUUGUGGAUCUGAAUGGAAGGUAUUUUGGAGGCAGAGUCGUGAAGGCUUGUUUCUACAACCUGGACAAGUUCAGAGUGCUGGAUCUGGCGGAGCAAGUUUGAUUUUAAAAAUCUGGCUCGAGGUGUCACUGUUUUGGCAAUCACGUUUUCAGCAGUAGGCUGGGAAUGAAGAAGAGAAAAGUAGCUUUCCCAGCAAACUGGAAACAAGCCUCAUUGAAUGGAUUUUUCACAUUCGUUGUGACUUAUGUUUUUUUUGUAAUAUAAAGCCCUUUGAAAGAUUCACAUCUGUGUGGUUUUGACUGGCACAUUUCUGCUUACUGCUCUGGGGAUCCUGGGUUUUGUCACGCUUUCAGAUGACUUUGUUCUUUGGAAAACCCACUGCUGAGGAGAUGCUUUGUCUGUAUUCCUGCUUUCCCUGUUCUGGUGCUUCGUCAUGGAGUCCCUGUGCUGCAUCCACGAUAAGUGGGAAGCUUUGGACAAGGACUACGUGCUGUGAUGCUUCUCUCCCCUGGUGGUAGCUCUUUAGAGUUAGAACCUUGCUCUCCUAAGUCCUCAUCUCUGCACUCAGUGGUUUGGGCUCUUUGGACAGUUGGCAGUUUGUUCUCCUGACUCCAGGACAAUACUUUCUAUGCCAGGAUGGAGACUAAAGCAACAAGGAAUGAGUUUGUCUGUCUUCCCAGAUCCAAAGAAAAUCCAUGUUUAAAAAGAAGGAGGAAGGAAUUUAAUGGAGUGCUGGCAGGCAGUCUGUCCUGGAAAUACCCAGGGACAGCUGAUUACUGGCCCUUAGUGAAAUGCUGUAGGUAGAACUGAGGGACACUCAUUCCUGUAUCUAGCCAGGCAUCAGAUUCUCACAUCCUCCAACAUCACACAUAGGUAACUAACUUUGUUUAAUCAUUUCAAACCUGGCAUUUGCUCUCUCUGUGUAUAUUUCUAUAUUUGAGGUCAAAUACCAUCAGGAUUAGACCUCUUUUUGUUUUUUCUAUUCUUUUUUUUUUUUUUUUUUGAGUGCCUGUGGAAGUUUUCAGAGUAGGAGGCCAUGGAGGGAAGUUCUCGUGUGAAAAUCUGAAGAGCUGACAAACGGAACUACUAAACACUACAACUCUUUCAUUUUUAACUUGAUGUAAAAAUACUACACAGCUCUCUGGUGUUUUACGUUUGCUUUUCUUUUGGGAACAGCAUGUGACAAAAGAGUUGGCAAGAGGUGGCUCUGCAAUGGUGGCAGCUGUCUCUGUGCCCCCUUGCACCCAGGAUUGUGCAGAUGCUGAAAUGAUUGUGAGCUCUGAAGGCAAUUUAGCUGUUUGAAAGCUGAUGCUGGGUGUCUUCUUCCUGUUACACUCAUGUUUUGGGGGGAGGGUGUGUAGACCUUUAGUUCAACGCUGUGAAUAUCUCCAGUUGCUGCCCUUUUAUGAAUUUUUGGCUGCAGCUCCCGAUGACAAACCCUUGAUCUUGUGUUCGGCUUAUUUUGUCCGCUUGUGUCCCCACCAACCUCUGUACAAACAUCUGCUUGUAAAACAGAAUUUUUAAAAAAACCCUUGUAUUUUA